UCUGCCUAUGACUUUGCAGAUUCCGAGCUAGAAGAAUUUGAGACGCCGGCUCGUUACAGACCAGACUCGCUGAGCGCCCUGAGUCGGGCCACCCGCUUCACAGAGGACGAAAUCAAACGAAUUUAUCGCGGUUUUAAGGCUGAAUGCCCAACGGGCGUCGUCAAGGAGGAUACCUUCAAAGUGAUCUACUCUCAGUUCUUUCCACAGGGAGCAAAUCCAACAUUAUACGCACAUUAUGUAUUUAAUACCCUGGAUCAGGAUCACAGCGGCAUUGUCAGCUUUGAGGAUUUCGUUCAAGGACUUUCGAUACUGUCGCGCGGCUCCGUGGAGGAGAAACUGCGCUGGACCUUCUCGCUAUACGACAUCAAUGGCGACGGCUUCAUUACGAGGGAAGAAAUGACUGACAUUGUGACUGCCAUAUACGAGCUAAUGGGCCGCCUGCCCGACGAAUGCCCCGAGGAGGAAAAGAUCAAGGGCAAGGUGGAGCAAAUCUUUCAGAAAAUGGACAUUAAUCGCGACGGCGUUGUGACGCUGGAGGAGUUUUUGGAGGCGUGUCGAAAUGAUGAUGCCAUAUCCAGAUCUAUGUCCUAUACGGUACGCAGACGGCGACGUAGUCGCAGUCAGCAGCAAAAACAAAAGCAACAACAACAACAGCAGCAACAUAAUCAACAACAACAACAACAGCAGCGACAGCACAAACAGCAUCAACAAAUGGAGCCAGAGAAACGUAAGUCAAACUACAAGAUGAAACAACAACAAAUGCAACAAACACAUAGCACAAGACACCAGACGGCAGCCAAGUGCUGUCAUGUCAUUGACAUGGAUGGCGCCAGCACAACAACAACAGCAACAACAACAACCACAGCAACAACAACAAACAACUGCACAAGCAACAAACAUCCCAACAGCCACAAUCACAACAAAUGCAAAACUAAUCACAGGCCUCGCCGCGACUAUGAACCAGAGCUUGAAGAAAAUGAGACAGAGUUUGAGUACGAUAAUGAUGUGUACAAUGAUGAUGAUGAUGAUGAUGGUGAUGAUGAUGAUGGUGAUAAUGAUUAUGAUGAUGAGGACGAUGCGGAAUUGGAUGACUAUGAGAAUGGCGAACAGCUGCUGCUGGGUCGGCCUCAGCGCAGUCAAUCCAUUUGCCGACACUGCCUGCGGCCACAAAUGGAGCUGCAUUCACGCCAAAUGCCAGCGUUGCGCCUGCGCAAGUCACAAUCGAAAACACGUCAGCGCAAACGAAGCAAGAGCAGGCAACGGCAUCAUCCCCACCAGCACCCACAUCUGGAUGCCAACAGCAAGCCGCGUUGGCCGCAACUGAGCGUUGCCAACGAGCAGGCCAUACGCUUUCGCUGUCCGCAGGUAGGUCCGCAGGUGGGUCGCGACCUGCAUACACCACAGCCCAUGCACUUCCAUCAUCCGCAGCAGCUCUGCCAGGCUAGUCAGACGCCAAGUGCCCAGCCAGCGGCGGCACCGCCUAAACCAGCCAAGAGUAAAAACAAACACAAGCAGCGAAACAAUCGCAAGCAGGUGCAUGGAGGAGCAGCUGCAUCAUCAUCAGCAGCAAUUGCAACAGCAGCAACUUCAGCUGCAGUACCGCCAACAACAGUUGCUGCCGCAGCAUCUGCAACAGCAACGCCCGAGUCGCUGCCACCGCCGUUGCCGCCCGAUGGCGGUCAUUCGGCAUCCCAAAUCCUGGAAGGCAAUGGGAUUGCUGGUCAGGGGAACACGGAGCUACCCAAUACGCCAGAUUCACCAUCUCUGGUGACGGUUAGCACGUGGUAUACGGUGGCCAAGCAGGGUGUUUCCUGCUAAUAGGACUUUAUAUAUUUGUAGUCGUCAACUCCAGCUAACGCUCGCCGUCAGUGAGUACCUAUAACAUCAGCCUGAGUAUAUUCCCAGACUUUAUGAAACUUGGGUUUCGUAAUUGCAUGAAGGUUCAAACAAUAACAACAAACAACAAAACAAAAACUUCCUUCUGUAUACUGAAUUUCGCCAAUGCAUUUCGUCGCGGCGCCGAAAGGUAUGUUAUACGAAAUAUGGUUAAAUUGAGAAGAAAGAGAUUUUGGCAUAGAUCUAAUAUUAAACAAAAUAGAAGAGAACAACUCAAGUGCUUAAAUUUAUAAGAUACACAUUCAAUGUACUGUAAUUAUAGACAUGUGUGGUUAUACUCGAGUACAUAUAGUGUAUGAUGUUUUUUUUCCUCUACCUAGGCAUAUGGACAGCAAAAAAUAUAAUAAUAAUAAUAAUAAUAAUAAUAAUAAUACAAAAAAUUAACACAUAGAUCAGAUUUAGUAUCUGAGCAAAACUCAAAUGUAUGUGUAUGUUAAAUUGAUGUUGAAAAAUUAUGUAAAAAGUGUUAUAGUGUUAAAAACUA